AGAUAUUGAUGCCUUCAACAACUACCCAUGGGGUUGGAGAUGUUUUCUUGAUACAUUACGCGUGUUUAGGAGGGGGUUUUCAAUGCCAAAGGGGGAUAAGCUCGAGCGCAAGUACGAUGCAUAUGGACUGCCGUUGGCGCUGCAGAUAUGGGUGUACGAGACUGUCCCUAUCUUGGCCAGUCGGUAUGCGAGGAGAGGAGAGACACGGUAUCCUCGGAUGCAUCACUGGCGAGCACAAGACAAGCCGCUUGCCAGACAGUUAUCGGCUCUUCUCGACGAUCCUGAGGUACCUUGAAGUUCUCACUGAGUUGGCACCAUCGAUCGAGGAGGAGAGUCAGUUUUAUAUUCGCGAAUUGCCUCUUCGUACUGCGCAUGACGAUCAGAUGCCUGAGUCCAGGAUGGAUCGAGAUAGGGAGGAUCGUUCAGUAUUACCUCCGUUGAGGAUAUCACCUCCACCGACGAGAGGACGUUCAGCGAGGAUGUCACCUCCGCUGAGAAGAUCACGUCCAGCUACGCCAGAGGUUCAGAUGCCUGAGUCCAGCGUUGAUCGAGAUAGAGUAUGUUACUUAAAAAUAAUUCUUCGAUUGUCGUUUUAUUUUAUUUGUUAGGUUAUUCAUUUGUAAUAGUUAUUUUUUCAGGAGGGCCGUCCAGUA